AGCACCAUGCCCUCCCCCACCACCUCGUCGCUCCCCGCUCCGCUCGGCAACUACGCGCACCUCCUGCCGCCCUCGUGGAAGAGCAUCAUCACGGCCUGGCUCGCAGAAGACACGCCCUCGUUCGACUAUGGCGGGUUCGUCGUCGGCGAGACGCUCGAGGAGGCGACGCUGUGGGGCAAGAGCCAGGGAGUCCUCGCCGGUGUGCCGUUCGUCGACGAGAUCUUUGCCCAGCUCGGCUGCACCGUCGAGUGGCACCUAGCAGAAGGUGCCGCCGUCUCGCCGACGCCCGACACGCCCAAGAUCAAGGUCGCGACCGUCAAGGGCCCGGCGAGGUGCCUCCUGCUCGGCGAGCGGGUCGCGCUCAACACGAUGGCGAGGUGCAGCGGGAUCGCGGCCAAGUCGCGGCGAGUGCUCGUCAAGGCGCGCCAGCUCGGGUGGAACGGCAUCAUCGCCGGCACGCGCAAGACGACGCCUGGGUUCCGCUUGGUCGAGAAGUACGGCAUGCUUGUCGGCGGCGUUGACGCGCACCGGUACGACCUGUCGAGCAUGGUCAUGCUCAAGGACAACCACAUCUGGUCCAAGGGCUCGAUCACGCAGGCCGUCCAAGCCGCACGCUCAACGGCCGGUUUCGCCCUGCGCAUCCACGUCGAGUGCCAGUCGCUCGCCGAGGCGCGCGAGGCCAUCGCCGCCGGGGCCGACAUCGUCAUGCUCGACAACUUUACGCCCGACGGGAUCCGCGACGCGGCGCGGGCGCUCAAGGAGGACUGGGUGAGGGAGACGGGCGAGGCCGGUCGCGAGGGAGGCGUCGUCAAGCGGUGCUUGAUCGAGGUCAGCGGCGGGUUGACCGAGGAGAACAUGGAGGAGAGCCUGUGCCCUGACGUCGACAUCCUCUCGACCUCGUCGAUCCACCAGGGCUGCGGCAUCGUCGACUUUAGCCUCAAGAUCCAGCAGAAGGCGUCGGCAUGAUGGCCGUGUCGCACUCUGCAACGAGGGCGGUUCUGUCGACGAG